AUGGCAGAGGAUCUGGGGCUGGGCUUUGGGGAAACAGCCAGCGUGGAAAUGCUGCCCGAGGAAGGCAGCUGCAGGCCGAAGGCCAGAGCCAGGCUAGCAGCCAGGAGGAGAGGCAGCAACACACGUUGGGCUCUCACCUGCUGCCUGGUGUUGCUCCCCAUCCUGGCAGGACUCACCGCCUAUCUGCUCGUGGGCCAGCUCCGGGCUCAAAGAGAAGCCUGUGUGUUCCAGACACCAAAAGGACAGGAGUUUGGAUCUGCACAUCAGCGAGCUUACCUUCCUCCAGAAGCUGCUAGAGAUAAGCCAAGAGCACACCUGACAGUUGUGAGACAAACUCCCACACAGCCGCUGAAAAAUCAGUUCCCAGCUCUGCAUUGGGAACAUGAACUUGGCUUGGCCUUCACCAAGAACCGGAUGAACUACACCAACAAAUUCCUGGUGAUCCCAGAGUCGGGAGAUUACUUUGUUUACUCCCAGGUCACAUUCCGGGGCACCACAUCCGAGUGUGGCGAAAUCGGCCAAGGAAGCCGACUGAACAAGCCAGACUCCAUCAUUGUGGUCAUCACCAAGGUAACGGACAGUUACCCUGAGCCAACUCAGCUCCUAAUGGGAACCAAGUCAGUGUGUGAAAUAGGCAGCAACUGGUUCCAACCCAUCUACCUAGGGGCCAUGUUCUCCUUGCAAGAAGGGGACAAGCUGAUGGUGAAUGUCAGUGACAUCUCUUUGGUAGAUUACACUAAAGAAGAUAAAACCUUUUUUGGAGCCUUCUUGCUAUAG